AUGCGUACACCAAAUCCAGGUGAUCAUCCAUCCAAGUCGGCCAAAAAAAUGCAGUUGCAAGAUCGUCGAAUGACUGGAGGACAAUUACAUCAAGGUCGAGAUAAAUGCCACCAAAGUCCCGUAACACUUCCAUCCGUAUAA